AUGGCCCCCGGCACAUUCCUCCUCGUCUUCUCUGAGCCCGGUCCAGACGUCGCUCAAGACGAGUACCAUGAUUGGUACGAACACGAGCACAUUCCCCUCCGAGUGAACACUCCGACAUUCUUGAACUGGACACGGUGGAAAGCUGUCGAUGGGGAGAAGCCAAACUAUGGUGCUUCAUAUGACCUGGAGUCGUACGAGGCGACACAGAAGGCUCCGUACACAACUCUUGCGGAGACGAGGAGUGAACGGGAGAAAGACAUCCUGCGCAGGAUCCAAGUCCUUGACAAGAGGCACUACGAGCUCGUGGAGGGUUCCUCUCACCCGCCCUCUGCGCUGUACGAAGCGACGAAGCGUGCGCCAUACGUAGUAUUCGUAUCUCUCGGAUUCAAGCAGGAGUACGAAAAGGAGUUUAACAAGUGGUACGAUGAAGAGCACAUACCGAUGCUGGCAAAGGCGCCGGGGUGGAUCAGGACCCGUAGGUUCGUGUUGAAGGACUGGAUACGGACGGGCGUAGAGGGACAGAAGGGACAGAAAGAGCCGCCGAAGUAUCUCGCCGUGCACGAGUGGCAGUCGAUGGAUGGCUUUCAGAGCGCGGAGUAUAAGGCAGCCAUGUCGACACCAUGGAGGGAGAGAGUCAUGCAAGGGAACAGCUACCGUCAGACCCGUAAUUCUUGGUCUGCCCCCUUACUUGAGCAUUGCCAGAUGGUCAACAUGCACAACAUGCCGGUGUGGCUGUUCACGCCGUAG